CCCACCCCUCUUCCCGAAAUUUCAAUAUCAGAAUUCGGAUUCAGCACGGCUGAUAAUCUCUAAACUCAGAUUUUCUGUAAAAUUUGGUCAGAAAAUACUAAGAAAUGGCUGAUGUGAGCGUGGAUGAAAGGAAGGACGAUGAAAUCACUGCGCCGGAGCCGAUUGACAAUGAUUUAUUGAUUAAACAUCCUCUUCACAGUACUUGGACUCUGUGGUAUUUUGAAAAAAACAAUAACAAGAGUUGGGAAGACAACCAACGUGAAAUCACAAGCUUCAAUACGGUAGAAGACUUUUGGAGCCUUUAUAAUCACAUUAAACUACCAAGUCAGCUUCGCAUGGGUUGCGAUUACUCACUUUUUAAAAAAGGAGUUAUGCCCAUGUGGGAGGACAAAGCCAAUAGAGCUGGUGGACGCUGGCUCUUCAAUUUAGAUCGUAAACAACGAGAGACUGACCUUGAUCGCUUUUGGUUGGAAAUACUAUUAUGCAUGGUUGGAGAAGCCUUCGAUGAACAUAGUGAGGAUAUCUGUGGAGCUGUAGUAAAUGUAAGAGCAAAAGUAGACAAGAUAGCUGUUUGGACAGGAAACGGACAGAAUUCAGUUACAGUACUGGAAAUCGGGCGACGACUGAAAGAGCGACUUAACCUUGGCCGUGACUGGCAUCUUGGCUACCAAAUGCACAAGGAUACUAUGGUGAAGACAGGAUCAGUAACCAAAAACUGUUACAAUGUUUAAUUUGGAAAUCCACAACCACAGUCUAGACAAGCCAUCUUUUCAUUUCAAGCAAGCAAAGAGGCCCUUCUCUUCAUGACAUUUAUGGAGUUUGCUGUUGGAGUAACAGCUUUUCAAAAUUCUUGUUGUUGUAAUUUUAGUUAUGCAGAAGGGUGCCAAUCAUUUUAUGUCAGAAGAACUUUUAUUGUCAAUCUGGUUGUUUAUGUUUAGAUAACUCUUUGACUCUUUUAAUUUGGUGUUUACUGUUUUAAUUUUGGUAAUGUAUCUGUAAAAUCUUUGUUCACUGUUAAAUGUUGGUCACUCACAUUGAUCCUCUGUUUCAAUUUGAAUUUAAUGUAUGAAUUUUAACUAACAAAUGUUCAUAUACCUAUAUAUAUUUGUUACCCACCAGCAUGUAAGGGUCAACUUAAUUAGGUAACCUUCAAAGACUGGCAAUUUUCAUAUAGACUUGCAACUUUAAAUUUUCGUUUAAGAUAUGUUUAUCUUAAUUCCUCAUGUUCUUGGUUUGCAUUUUUAUGUUUGGAUUUUAGGUGUAAUGUGUUGAAAAAUUGCUACCAGUCAUAAGAUUAGGGUUUUAUACAUAUGUGAUCUUUUAGCUCUUUUCCUUAUUUUCCUGUUUUAGUCACAUAAUGUGUUAAUUCCUCCUUUAUUGUUUUUGUGUGGGGGUGAGAUUGGUCCCUUUUCUUUUUUGGAUUUGGCCUAGUUAGUUCAUCAUGUUAGAAAUACCUCAUGUGCCUUUUGAGCAACUAACUAACUUGUUGCCCUGCUCUAAUGUACUCUAAAAUCACAUUAUUUUUCUUUAGCUUUGAAGUCACUAGGUAAAAGUUACAUAUAGAUGUUGAGUGUUGUAUGUUAAUGUUUGGUGCUGCAGUUAAAUUGUUACAAAUGAUAAUCAUGUUCAAUUGGUUGAAUCAGGAAAAUGAAACAGUGUGUUUAAUUAAAAAUGAUGCAUUGUAAAAAUAAAAUCAUAAAUGCAAAAGUA